GCUUCAUAAAAGUUUCUUCGAUUUUCCCACGUCAGAUAUAACUUACUUCUUACUUGGUGUGGAGUUUUUGUCGUUAUUUUCGCGAUUCUCCAAGCAUGAGGUCUUUUUACUGUGUGUUUUUGUCGUGUUUUGUGACACUUGCAAGAGCUCUCUACGGACCUCAAACCGAUGUUGUACAAUUGACAGCGAAUAAUUUUAGAUCUAUGGUGAUGGAUAGUGAUAGUGUGUGGCUUGUGGAGUUCUUUGCUCCAUGGUGUGGUCAUUGUAAGGCAUUAGCACCAGAGUGGAUGAAAGCUGCUUCAGCUCUCAAGGGUGCCGUCAAAAUUGGAGCAGUGGAUAUGGAUGAUCAGCAAAACCAGCCAUUAGGAGGCCAGUAUGGUAUUCGUGGAUUUCCUACAAUAAAGGUUUUUGGUGCCAACAAGAACUCUCCAAGUGAUUACAAUGGUCCCAGGACAGCACAAGGUAUUGUUGAUUCUGCUCUUAAUGCUGUUAAAUCCAUGACCAGCCAGCGACUCUCUGGAGGUGGAAAGUCUAGCUCUGGUGGUGGAAGAAAACAGGGUGGUGGCAAGACUGGAGAUAAAAAGGAUGUCAUCGAGUUAACAGAUUCUAACUUUGAGGAAGAAGUUCUUAACAGUAAGGACCUUGUCCUGGUUGAGUUCUUUGCACCUUGGUGUGGUCACUGCCAAAGACUUGCUCCUGAGUGGGCUAAGGUUGCUACAGAACUGAAAGGCAAGGUUAAAGUUGGAGCCGUUGAUGCCACUGUCCAUACCGUCAUGGCUAGUAGGUACCAAGUACAAGGCUACCCAACCAUCAAGGUCUUUGCAGCCGGCGUCAAAGACUCUCACAGCAUAGAGAACUAUGAAGGUCCAAGAUCUGCUUCGGACAUAAUUCAGUUUGCUCUGGACAAGCUUGCUGAUUCAAUUGAGCCACCAGAGGUCCUGGAGCUUGUAAAUAACGAGGUAUUUAAGAGCAACUGUGAAGGGAAGCCAAUCUGUGUCGUUUCCGUUCUACCACACAUUCUGGACUCAGGGGCAUCUGGGAGAAACAAUUAUCUGAACAUCUUGAAGUCAAUGGGAGAGAAGUACAAGAAGAAAAUGUGGGGAUGGAUUUGGACAGAGGCCGGUGCCCAGAUGAAGCUUGAGGAUGCCCUCGGUAUGGGAGGCUUUGGUUACCCAGCGAUGGCGGCAGUGAAUGCCCGCAAAAUGAAAUACGCCACACUAAAAGGUCCCUUUGAUAACACUGGCAUUGACGAGUUUCUGAGAACUGUGUCAGUGGGACGUGGGUCGACAUCUCCCGUUGUUGGCGGUAACCUACCCAGUGUCGAGGAAACGGCGCCAUGGGAUGGUAAAGAUGGAGAGUUACCAGAAGAAGAGGAUAUCGAUUUAUCAGAUGUAGACUUGGAUGAAGAUCAAGACCAAAAGGAUGAACUUUAAAUUGACAUCUCUUGUCUUGGUUGACCUGUUCCGAUACUAAGCAAGACUCUCUUGAAAUUUCCACAUGCAGUUCAUGUUGUCACACAUUAAUAUUUGCAAAAACCGUGCAACAGAGCUGCAUAUUUCUCAUUUCUACAACGGAGAGAAAAUGUAAGGUUUGCUAGGAGUUUCUUAACGUCUCACAUGAGUUAUCCAGUAAAUUUUUAUCGCUAGUGGUUUUUUCCAUGAUGUUAAAAAACAGUUGUUCAAUAAAAAUUAAGUAUGGCACUG